UCGAGAUACUUCACGAACGGUCUCGUGUUCAGUCUGUACCAAACUACGGUACCCUAACCUAAUAGUGAGCCGUUGCUCGACGGCACGCUGUCCGCAUCGCGCCAAUUCAAAACACAAACAAACAAUUUGCGAGAUUGACUGGAGUGAGUGAUUUAACGGGAGUUAGUUGAGGGAGAGGAUAAUUAGUCGGACUUUGGUGAUAGUGUUGUGGCAUUUGUUUAUCCACGCGGUGUUGUUCCCGGUAGAUUGCUGGGGUGCAGUGAUUAUUGUGAGGUGCCUGACCUUGUAACGACCCCGCGACUGCGCGCGAGGGACGGAGAAGAACUUUGAUUGAGCUUUGAGUUUUGUUUACAAACGUGGGUGAUCGAUUCGAGGGACUUUACACGCGGAUCAUGUGGUUUUCAGUUGGCUCUUGCGUGGAGGUGGCUGGGGGCGAGUGUUAAUUCAUCAUUGAAGGAAUACUCAACUGAGGGCCACAAUGAUGUGGCUGCAUGUCAUUCUGAUCUUGAAAGUGCUGGCACUGACAGCGGCCACCAGGGACUUUCGUCACAUCUCCUACGAAGAUUUAGCAGAGAGAAGCAGUCUGUUCCACGACGAAGGCGUGACGACGUACUCCCAGCUUCUCUUCGACGUCGCCAGACAGCAGGUCGUCGUGGGUGCAAGAGAUAAUUUAUAUCGUCUGACAUUGAACUCCCUAACUCCCCUGGAGCACGCGACAUGGCCCGCACCCCCCGAAAAAGCCUCCAUCUGUCAGGAUAAAGGUCAGACCGCCCAGGACUGCCACAACUACAUAAAAGUCCUCCUCAGCAAUGGAAAGAGCCUCUUCACCUGUGGCACCAAUGCCUUCAGCCCGCAAUGCACCUGGCGCGAGAUCGAGAACAUUAAGAAUGUCACGAGCUCAGACUCCGGCAUUGCUAUAUGCCCGUACUCACCCCAAGCCAAUGUCACAGCUCUACUUGCUAGGGGCAAUGCUGGACUCUUCGCCGGGGCUCCCACCGAUUUUUCGGGAGCUGAUGCCGCUAUUUAUAGGACACUGGCAUCGCCCAUCUUAAGAACACCCCAAUAUGAGUCGAGGUGGCUGAAUGACCCCCAGUUUGUCGGCAGUUUUGAAACAGACGAUCACGUUUAUUUUCUCUUUCGUGAGGUAGCUGUGGAGUACAUAAAUUGCGGCAAGAAAAUUUACUCUCGAAUCGCACGAGUCUGCAAGAAAGAUCCAGGCUGGCAAACCCUGAUGAGAGACACAUGGACGACCUUCAGCAAGGCACGACUAAACUGCUCACUUCCCGGUGAAUUUCCGUUCUACUACGAUGAGAUACAAGGAGCAGCUUAUAAUGCCGAGGAGGGAAUCGUAUACGCCACCUUCACAACUCCCAGCAAUGCCAUCGCAGGCUCGGCCAUUUGUGCCUUCAACAUGACAGCAAUAGCGUCGUCAUUUAAUGGUCCAUUCAAGCAUCAAGAGCACUCGGGUGCUGCAUGGGAGAAGAAACGAGUGACAAAUCAUUACCGACAACACUGUGGCUCGCCAGUUAAUGUGCCAUCCCAUCAAAUAAUGGAUAAUCAACGAUAUCAGUUGAUGGACGAUGCUGUCCAGGGCGUGACCGGGCCCCCACUUUACACUACCACUAUGGAGAGAUUUACGCACAUCGCUGUUGAUGUUGUACCGACGAAGCUGCAUCGAGGUGUGACGAUGCUGUAUGUUGCCACUACCGAGGGCCUCAUCAAGAAGAUUUCUGUUCUACCGAGGACACGCGAUACUUGCAUUGUGGAGGUGUGGGGACCACUGCCUUCCCCAGCCAUUACUCUGCAGUUUCUGAAGGACUCGCUGAGUCUGUAUGUUGGGUCGGAAACUGGUCUGUUGAGAAUCCCCGCAUCUCAGUGCCACCGUCACAAGCACCGUGCCACUUGCCUAAACGCCCAAGAGCCCUACUGCGGUUGGAACGAGCACCUGAUGAAGUGCGACAUAGCCCCACAGGAUAAUCACCUGGUGAACCAUUGGCAGCAGGAGGUGACGCGUUGCCCAGUGUUGACCGACCCAGUGGACGGUGGCUGGAGUGCCUGGGGCCCCUGGGCCCCCUGCCUGCACAGCCCCUCGGCCUCCCCCCACCAGCGCUCCCACCUGCGGCCCAACUUGGACCCCUCGGACCCCCCCUCUGACACCUGUCAGUGUCAGACCCGCGAUUGCAACAAUCCCCCGGCCCAGAACGGUGGCGCCGCCUGCACGGGCCCAAAAAUCAAAGUCUCCAAUUGCACAGUUCACGGGGGCUGGACAGCCUGGUCGGCCUGGUCCGCCUGCUCCCAGACCUGUGGUCUAGCCAUCAAAACGAGAACGAGAACGUGCACUAAUCCUGCGCCGGCCUUCGGCGGUAGAGUCUGCGUGGGCCACGAUCACGACGAGAUCGUCUGCAUCGAGAUGCCGCCCUGUCCGACCCCGGCGAAGAGCCAGCCACCUCAGCAUGGCCAGUGGUCGUCCUGGGGGGCCUGGGACACCUGCUCCAAGCCCUGCAACGGCGGUACGCGCGUCAGAAUUCGCACCUGCGACAAACCGAGCCCCAGGGAGGGGGGGUCCGAGUGCCCUGGCUGCGGCUUUCAGAUCGAGGACUGCAACACUCACGUCUGCCCGGAGACGAAGAGAUACUCCAGCUGGACUCCCUGGCUACCGACCAAUGCCACUGGCCUGCAGGGCGGGGGAUACGUGGAGAAACGAUUCAGGUUCAGCUGCAAGGCUCAAACAGACGACCCCAGCAGCGUCAGAUCGCAAUUAGCAAAGGAGGAGGAGAGGUUCUGCAGGGACAACGGCUCCUGCUCCCGAGUGAACAUCAACAAUCAGAAUCCUGCGGAGGUCGAGGGCUCGUGGUCGGACUGGUCGCCGUGGUACCCCUGCACGAAGAAUUGCGGUGGUGGGAAGCAGCACCGGGUCAGGCAGUGCGAGACGCCACCGUGUGAGGGCGCUGGAAUGCAGAGUAGAGUGUGCAAUGCUCAUGUCUGCAGGGAGGACUCAGGUGAGUGGUCCUGCUGGACCGAUUGGUCCGAGUGCUCCGUGUCCUGUGGUGUCGGGGUGAGAAGCAGGUGGAGGGAGUGCCUGAGGGGGUCCUGUGCGGGGCCCAGUUUUGCCAGGGAGAGCUGCGAGAUGCCCAGCUGCGAGUCCCUGAGGGGGUGGGACACCUGGAGCAAGUGGAGCCACUGCGACGGUGAGGGACAGCAGAGCAGGAGACGGGUUUGCGUGGAUUCCCGCGGUGGUGGGUGUGUGGGGAGCAGCAGGGAGACCAGGGACUGCUACGAGGACUGGGAGACUGGGGAGAUCUCUUCCAAUGCACUCCCCAGGAGUGUCGUGGCUGCUGGGGUGUCUGUUGGGGCUGUUGUGGGGGGCUGCAUUGUCGGGUUCCUGGCGGGAGUGGGGCUCGCCGUUGGGGCGGGCUUCGUUUACGUGAAGAAGAGGAAGGUCAGGGUACCUGGCAGCCCUCAUUACAUCAGCAAGCAGAAUCCUUAUGUCGCUGUGCCACUCAAAGAGUGCUGCUUCCAGGUGAACGCCAAGAGAGCACCGAGUUUCUCAGGAUCUAGAGAUAUAAACGGAACGCUGAGGACCAAGCCAAAUCCAAAUGUCAAUGGUCUCGGCAGUCCAAAAUUGUACCCAAAGGCCCUGGAUUACGACUCAGCGACCCUCAAACGCAACAGCCAUGGACAACAGCACAUUCGUGCGGAUUUGGAUCAAGAAAAGUAUUACUGAGAUAAGAUUUUUCUCAAUGAUCAAACUCGACUGAUACUUAACUAGGGUAAACGAGGGGGUCAAGUGACAUUGACCAGUGUAAAAUUAAAUUCAAUGGUAACUGCAAUUAAUUUUACGAGAGCCUGAGAAUUGUCGGUGAAUUGUUGAUGCUAACGAGUGAUUCCGUGGCCUUGUUAUUUUAUUUUUUAUUACGGUAGAUAUUUGUUUGUAUCGAUGAUGUAAGUUGCUCAAUGGGGGAACUCUUAACUUCGCAAUUCAAUGGUCUCAACAUAGAAAAGUUAAAUUUUAUGAAAUUGUUCAUUAAGAAGAAAUGAAAUAGGAGAAUUGAAUGGAAAAUGAAUAUUUUUAUUGAAUAUUUUUCAUUCAAUAAUUAUAUCGAACAGAAAAAAAUAUGUUCAACAUUGCGAAGUCUCGAAAAAGAGUUCGAAGACAGUCGUCUUUAUUUUUUAUCACGAAUUUGAGAGUUUAUUUUUAUUUUUUAAAUAUAAAUGAGAGUGAGAAUCGACUAAUCAUGCAGCUUGGUUGGGCAUUUUGAGUGUCAAUUGUAUAAAGCUUUAUGCACUUACAAAUAUCCAAUUAACAAUUUAUUUUCUUGAGAACAUUACUUCGCUGGGAAGCUCAUGAUGACAAUGCCAACCCCCAAAAACUGUAAAUACAACUAUCGUCUAGGAGAAAAUAACGAGAUAAAUGUAUUUUUUCGAGAUUAUUUUAAUUAACAUUAACCGAAAUGUGACGUAGUGCCAUGAUGCAUAUGUACAUAGAAAUACGUAAACAAAUUUUAUGUAUCAUUAAGUGAUAGCUUUUUAGCGUAAGUACACCAGAAAAUUGUAUCGAAUGUUGCAUGCAUUCGUUUUAUCCCAUUCUGACUCACAUUGAGUCAAAAUACUUUAUACUGAGGAGUUUCUACGAUUUCAGAACAAUCAAUUGAAUUUACCGAAUGCAUUUUACCUUGCCUAUUCACACGACUUUUCGCAUAUCAAAAAAUCCCCUCCAAUAAUUUUUUCAUUAAUUUUCAAUUCAGAUACUGUUACUGCGUUUCGUACCAUUAGUCUGUUUUAAAUACGUUUUUUAUUUACCAGUGAAAUUAUUUACUGAGAACAUUAAUCCAUGUACAAAGUUAUAGCGACCUGAGGAGAUAAUAAAUCGCAUUUACAAUAA